AUGCAACACUUGUGGUGGAUCUUUAUUUUGGUAGUAGAAGUGCUUUCCUCAACUAAAUGUGGGAAGUAUAACUGUGUAGCAGGAAAAGAAGAAACCUGCAUAAGGUAGUUAAAGUUAAGAAGCUUUAUACGGACAUAAGCGGGACCCCCACUAGCAGGACUACUUGGAUUCCAGUAGAGGUAGCCUAUGUUGUGUGCAUAUACACCCAGUGCAAAUGGUGUAAAGCCCAGCCAGAAUUCCACACUCUUUGAAUUUUUGGUGAAACUCAACUAACCUAAGGAUCAACUCCCUGGCUAGAGCUACCCGUUGCAGCACGCCCCGAUUCUCCUGAUAGACGAAGACUAUGAGAGAGGCAAAAUCUGUUUAGCCCAUCUGACAGGGACAGGAAAACAUUCGGGGGAGAAACAACACUUCCCUCUUCGGCAAGGCUAAUCAAAACCUGAAGGCCUAUUUCAAAAGAGACAUAAGCUCUAUUUUAAACUUCAUCAGGAUGAUUCCUAUCUGCUCCAUAGCGCCUCAGAGCCCAUUUCCGUCAGCCUCACCACUUUAUUAUCAAAAACCUGUAUAAGGCAUUCCAAAAAAUCAGGAUUUGACGUCUACGAUUUAUCGACAUGUUCUAAAGAAGAAUAUUGUCCGACAGAUCCUAAAAAGAACCAAAAAUGCCAAGCCUAUGAGCCAGCCCCUAACUUUAACUACCCAGGUGAGCUUUGUACAUAUAACUCAGACUGCAUCAGUGGGCUAUGUGAAGGUAGCACAUGCCAAGGAACUGCAGUAAACUACCCAUGCAUUAAUCCAUGGGAAUGCAACCCAGGCCUCUAUUGCGACUUAGUAGAAAACCUCUGUUUACCUCAGUUGCCAACCGGUAAAAAGUGCUUAUACCACGAUAUGUGUGUGAAUUCCGCAGUCUGCAUGUCCAGCGUAUGCACCCAGAUAUUUUCUGCACCUAUAAAUACAACUUUUAAUGACGUCGAAGUUGACCCAUCUGGCUUUAAUAUGGCCUGUGAGACCGGUUUUGCCUAUGAAAAAGCAGGUAUUUAUAUAUGUACACAGCCACCUGUAAGUAAUGGACCGUUACCAAUCACAUGUCAGCCUGACAGCAAAUGUAUAUCAAAAGAUGGAAAAUAUGCGAAAAACUGCACAUGUGGGUAUAAUUCACGAGGAGAUGCUUUUUGUCCACUGUUUGAAGGGGAUGAAUAUGUCCAAACUAUGAUCCAAGACUGGAUUAUCCUUAGCACACUUAAUGAUAAUUGCAAUUCUUAUAACAGGUGGAGCUACCAAUGCUUUGCAUUGCUUCCUUUUACAGCCCAGCAAGCUUAUUAUAACUGGGCAAGCAACUAUACACUGUAUUUUGAAAACUAUUGGCCUUUAAUCCAAGGCAACCAAAACAAUGUCUGUAUACAGUCAAUUUAUACAAGUUUAUAUUGGAAUUUAGUUAGCAAUUCUAAAGGGAUAUCACAAAGAUGCCCAGUUUAUUAUUGUACGCCGCCUAAUAAAGAAUGGGAAAAAGACCAAUGUAUUGUAUAUGCUAAAGAAACUAAUGCAUAUGCAGUCCAAGAAGCCUUGUUUAUUAACCCUUGCAGUGAUGAUAAGGUCUGUGAGCCUACAAGAUUUACUAAUUCUACAUGUCAAAUUUAUAAUGCAACUCUUAAGUAUCCUGGAGAUUUUUGUAAAUCAGGUCAUGAAUGUACAUCAGGGCACUGUAAAUCACUUUCUUGUCAAGGGCUCCCAGCAAAUUCUAAAUGUGUUUAUGUAUAUGACUGUAACCCAGGGCUAUAUUGUGACCCAAGCACUCAGACUUGUCAAGCACAGAUUGAGCCAGGAAAGAACUGCAGCGAUGAGUAUCAAUGUCAGAAUAAUUAUGCCUGCAAUUUAGGGAUUUGUACACUGUAUUAUUCAUUGCCGCUUGGUGCUGAGGUAGAUCAAGUAGAUUAUUAUGGCUAUUCUUCUGUUUGUAAUAGUGGAUUUGCCACAAUUCCACAAGGUGAACAAAGCUACCAGUGUGCGGUAGCGCCUAUAUCGAGUCAAACGAUAACACCUUGCUUGCCUGGAGGAGUCUGUUAUGACUCAACUAAUAAUUAUCAAAAAGACUGUGCUUGUGGAUAUAGUGAAUAUGGAUACAGUUAUUGUCCUCCAUUUGAAGGGGAUUCUUAUUUGCAAAACGCAAUUUCAAGCUGGAAAUCUUUGGCACAAGCAAAAGUAAACUGUAAUACUUUUUCAAGAAAAAGUGUAAACUGCUAUAUGAAAUAUUCGGAUUAUCUUGAUAAUUUUUAUGAUUAUAUACUUAAUUUUACAUAUUACCAGCAGUACCCGUUAUUACAGUUUAACCCUGACUGCGUAAAAUCAAUUUACACAUCUGAAUACUGGACGUUAUUGGAAAGAAAGCACGUUGACUCUUCUGCGUAUAUAGCUUUUGCCUCAUUGCUUUUUGCUUUCAUAUUAACUAACUAA